AUGACCGCUAACUUUUUAGAACAGUCUUACACUGGUCGUGCCGAAACUCGAAACCUUGUAGAUGAGGUUGUGGAUGCUGCUUUCGAAUCAGUAGUUUCCACCAUGGGCCCGAACAGUGAGCUGGCGUUAAUCAUUGAGAAAAAUAAGCCAGUCGUGACUAAGGAUGGCGUGCGUGUGGCCAAGGCUCUGGAUUUCAAUGAGAUCCGUAAGAAUAUGAUUGCAAGUCUGAUUACAUCAGCAGCAAUCAAAACUGAUGAGCUGGUCGGUGAUGGCACAACAACCACUGUGUUUAUGGUUAACAAACUGUAUAACAAAUUUAAGGAACAUCUGAACUUUACAUCGACACGAUAUCUGGACAAACUGGUCCGACUCACCGUGGAACAUUUACGAAGUAUGGAAGACAUUGCCAGUCGUGUCAUUCAGCUGUUUCGUGACUAUAAAACGCCGAAGAUCCAACUGCGCCGUGGUAUGGGUCAUCCGGAAGAUGUUAUCGAAGUGCAAAGCGAUAUUGUCUUCGAAGGUCGCUAUGCUUCCCCGCAUCUGCAGCCUGGUACUCCUCGCGGUGUAUUCACCGUGAAUAAUCCGUCCGUGCUGUUGCUCGAUGGUCAAGUAACUUCGCUGACCAGUGGCCAUGCCAAUGCGAUUCUCAACAGCUUGGUGGUUAAGGUUAUGCGACCAAUCGAGAGAAAGGAAGGCGAAAGUCCUGAUGAACCAGAACGUUUUGAAGAAAUCAUCGAAGAAGGUUCCCCGGUAAUUAUCUUCGGUCGUUUCUUUGAGCCUGAUGUAUUGAACACAUUGAUCGGGCUUAAUACGCAUGUCAACCGCCUGCUGAAGAACCCUGAGAAUGCUCAAAAACUUUAUAUCAUUCCGUUCAGUUUAAAUGUCGCAGGUACUGCGGGUGGUAAUGUUAUCAAAGAUCUCGGGCGAAUGAUUGGGACAGAUAUCUUCUCAAACUUCCCAGAUGCUGAAACUUUGGAAUGGCAGCUGAAACGCAAAGUUGAAUCUGUCAAUCUGAACAUGCUCGGGGUUAGCUUCGAUGCCAGCACUGAUUACUAUGUUACUGGUAACUACUGA